UGACAACAAUGUUUGAAACGUUCAUAUAAAUUCCUGUUAUAACGAAAGGAUUUAUGUAAUUAUGUAAUCAGAAAUAACAUAUAGAUUUUAUGGGGAAAUAUUCGUCAGAUUAAUUUAUAUGAACGAACAAAUUAUUAAUGAACAAUCGAUAGAUUAAAUCGUUCAGCCUGUUGUUUUGCUUGUGCAUCUCCCUCAAUAUUUUAACCGUAGCACUAUGCCACGGCGUGGUUUUACCCCUGAAAACAAAUUCAUAAUCUUUAAUAUAUCCUUACGAAAUUGUAUGUGUGUUUGCAGUGGAUUAUUGUAAUUUUAUAGCCUAAACGUGUAAACUGUAUAAGGAUUGCGUGACAUCACAAGCCCCAUUGAAAGACCACCUGAUGUAUUAUAAAGGAGGGGAACCCAUGAGAAACGUUGCAUCCCAGACGAUUUCUCUUGUGUGAAGAUGGCGGUCCCAGCUCAAUCCAACAGGACCGGAUCUGUUAAUAGUCUGGGAAACAGUCCAACGGCAACACCGGGCGGCUUAAACAACCACAAGCUGUGGUGCUCUCAUGAGCUUGAUUUCAGGUCCGGAGUAAAGAUUGAGGAGCUCAACCGUCUUAUUCAUGAAUUCAGUAAACAAGACCAACGCGAGUAUGAUGACCAGAGGGCAUUGGAAAUACACACAGCCAAGGAUUUCAUCUUCUCCAUGCUCGGCAUGGUGCAAAAGCUCGACCAAAAGUUGCCUGUCGCGAAUGAGUACCUGUUGUUGUCCGGUGGUGUGCGAGAAGGUGUGGUGGACAUGGAUCUUGAUGAGCUCGGUAUAUACAACCGUGGCUCGGAAUAUGACAUGUCCUUCACCCUGUUGGUUCCUGCCUUAAAGCUACACGACCGGAACCAGCCCGUCACACUGGAUAUGCGUCAUUCAUCGCUGGGUCACUCUUGGCUCAGCUUAAGACUAUUUGACGAGGGUACCAUCAACCGCUGGAGGGACUGCUGCACGCUGACCGACCAUCUGAAUGGCACCACCAACUACUUCUUCUCGCCAAGGCUGGUAGCUGACUGGUUCCAAGAAGCAGUUGGAUUAGUGCUGGCAGAGUUACAGCGCAAGCCGCAAAGGGGAACCCCGAGGGUGGAACGAGUUGAACGACACUGCACGCUGCUGUCCAUGGUUUUAGGUGUGGGCAGCAGCCGCAUGCUUUAUGACAUUAUUCCUGUGGUGUCCUUCAAAGGCUGGCCGGCAGUUGCUCAGAGCUGGUUGAUGGAGAACCACUUCUGGGACGGAAAGAUCACAGAGGAAGAGGUUAUCAGUGGCUUCUAUCUGCUGCCUGCCUCCUCAGCCUCUGGUUGCCGGGACAACGAGUGGCGUCUCUCCUUUGCCCGCAGCGAGGUGCAAUUAAAAAAAUGCAUCUCCCCGGGACUCAUGCAAGCUUACCAGGCAUGCAAGGCGAUUAUUACCAAGCUGCUUGCCCAACCUACAGCUGUCAGUCCAUAUUACUUACGCAGCAUGAUGUUGUGGGCCUGCGACCGGCUACCUACAAGUUAUCUGGCACAAGAAGACUAUGCUGCACACUUUAUGCUCGGUCUCAUUGAUGAUCUUCAGCACUGUCUGGUUAAUAAAACCUGCCCUAACUAUUUCAUUCCCCAGUGUAACAUGUUAGAGCACCUAUGUGAUGAGACUGCCAUGUUUUAUGCUCGUAAAUUGGCGCUGGUACGAUCUGAUCCGGCAGAGUACCUGCGUUCCAUCAUCGAGCAGGCAAAAUCAGCCAAUAGACUUACACAGGAGAUGCAGCGCCGUGGAAGCUCCUCUGGUCUGCCUUCUCCGCUGGCCGAUCCAUCCUCUGCAGAUCACCAACAGCAUGAUGACCGCCUGGCCAAGAAGUUACAGCAGUUGGUGACCGAGAAUCCAGGCAAAUCGAUCUCUGUAUUCAUCAACCCUGAUGAUGUCACACGACCUCACUUCCGUAUCGAUGACAAGUUCUUCUGAGAAACGAGGUCUGUUUUCCCUUCUUCUUUGCUCUCCUUGUAUUGAUCAUGAUUGAACCUGGGGAUGUGCAUGACACUGUUCUGAAACCAGAGCCUUGUCCCUGUGACUGCACACAUCAGAAGUGACUGGAUAAGAACCUCCGCAAGACUGUUAUAAUGAAUCAAAGAUGUAUAAAUCUGGCCUUACUGAAUGGAGAAUGCCAACCUGCUGUUUGGACUGUAGAAUCUGCAGCUGCAGGUGUUCAUAUCACUGAGACUCAGAACUCAGAGCUGUGUAGGUCUGGGAAAUUACACAUGAAACAUAUGAAAGUAUAUGUGCUCUAGAUGGUAUUGUAUUCUGAAGAAACAAAUGUAACACAUAUUAGAAUCAGACAUUCCUUUUCUUGUGUUUAUCUAUUUGUAUGUUACCUCUUUGUGUUUGUUUCAAAGGAAGCCAAACAUUUUACUCUCUAUAAGGGAUUAAAAUCAUGUUCCAUAAGUGCAAUUAUUAGAAUGUUAAGUAUCCCUGUUAUGAGUGAGAAAUUGUAUUUGAUAAAAACAUUCAACUAUAAGAAUGCGGAAAAAGGCUUUUUUGUAAGGUGUGAUAAUAUCUUGAUGUGUGGGUAAGUUUUAGCCAUAUACAUUUGCUGCUACUAAAUGCAUAUUAUUUAGCUAUUUACAUUUGAGAUUUUUAAAGGGAGAUCUAUUCACAGUGACAAGCAGCAGUUUAAGUAUCAAAUCCAAGCCCACUACUUAUGUUGAGGGUGCCACAAACAAAAAAUACAUAAUAGGACAUUAGUCACUAAGUUUUACUGUAUCUCAAAUACAUUUUAGCUUGACUGUG